CAGCAUUCCCAAGUCUGGUCACACUGGAAGUGGCUUUUUUGCAAAUUUUAUUUUCAUAAUUGAGAAAAAUUUGCAUUUUAACGCGAAACAGCAACGAAUUCAGCUCCCGAAUCUCAACAAAAUAACAGCCAGCUUGUGGGCGCAGCCAGCAGAGCAUCACCAGUAUUAAUAAUCGGGCCAUCGCAGCCCAGUGACCGUUUUCCACCUACUAUCCAAUUUCAAUGUCGGCGUCACAACGCGGCGGAUGCAACAACAAAUGAGUCGUUGUUCUGUUUCAAGCUAAUAAAGUACACGCUGUGUGGGCUGCCGACUCCAAUGCGCCGCUAGCGGGUAUCACGAGCAGUUGGCGCCAUGUCCAGUUCGGUGUUUACGGAGGCGCCCAGCGCCCGGCCGGCGGCAGCCGAAGCCGACUCCAAUCUGGUUGUGGUCUACAGCAAGAGCGGAAUCUCCUUCGACGAGCGUGCCAUUGGGAACAUCAUGGAGGAAAAAUCGAUUUCCACCAUUAGCGUGGUGCGGAUUACAUCGCCCACGCCGAGCAUGGUGGACCAGGAUGAAGCCGAGCGGCUGGAGGAGCUGGCGAAUUUUAUGGACACCGUCACCGACUCGGAGCUGGACAGUGACAAUGGCAGCCAAAGUGGUGGCGAUAAUGCCAGUGAGAUGGAUGAACACGACGAGGAGAACCAUAACACCGGGGACGACAACAAUAGCGACUCCACGGAGACGGAAGCCGAUGCCCCGCGCACCCGCAAGCGAGUUGGCCGAAAGCCCAAGGCCAUCAAAAAGCGAAAGCGCCGCAGACCCAAGGAGCGGCCACAAAUCGUGGGCUUGCGAGUGGAGCAGUUUUAUGCGGACAGCACGGCUGAUAUGGUUGUGAAAAAUGCACUGAAACUUGCCGGAGUUUCCGUCUACAAAAGGACUGCGGAGACAGACGCUCUAAUGGAAGUUAUUCGCAACGACCACAACUACACACCGUUUACCUCGCCAGAGCAGCUGAAGAACCACAAGCGCGAUGAGAAGAUGGCCAUGGAAAUGCAGGCCCAAAGCCGCAAAAUCAUAAUGCAGGCACCGGGCAGUGUCAAGCUAAUCAAUGCCAAAAAACGAGUCCAGGCCAUUCCCUUAAGCCCGGUGCAGGUCAAGGUCCAGAGACUGCCCGUCAAGCCCCACCAAGUUCAACAGGCAGCGCAGCUGCAACCGAAGGUGCAGCUGAUCCGCAAGCCCAUCCAAUCGCCACUGCCAAGACAGAAGCCAGAGAUUAUCGCGAACAAUUCGGUCAAUGCCAGGCUGAGGCCCACUCGUGCUCCAGUCAAGGUGAUUGCUCCUCCUGUGCAGGAAUACAUCGAAGAUGAUGAUGAUGCCCAAAGUUCGGAUCCCGCCGAAGAGGAAAAUGCCGACAAGGCCUAUGAUUCGGAGGAAAUGAGUGAGGAGAGCGAUGACUUCCAGGAAUCGGACAACGACAGGGACAGUGACAUGGACUUCGAUAUGAGGCAAAGCAGUAGACGUAAUCCGAACAAGAGGAAACGGGCUAAAAAGGUGGUUAGACAGACUCAAAGCAAGCCAAUGAAGCCGCUGCCUCAGCCACCCACAACGCCGCAGCACUUCCCCGAGCUGAAGAAACGCAAGGAAGUUUUGGAGCCGAAGGCGCCGCAAAUCGGGCAAAUAAUCCAGAUGCCUGCCACAAAAUCAGUGCCCGCAGUGUUUGCCCUAGGCAGAGGUCUUCCAAGCACAUCGUUCCUCAAAAUCCGGCCCACACAUCAAUCGCUGCCCGUGAAGAGACCUCCACUGCCAACGACACCGGCCAAUUCCAAUGUUCGUCGUAUGCCUGCCGUGCAAUUGGGAAGGAUCGUUAACUCGCCGCAGGAAGUUAAAGAGAUUAUUAUCAACAAGAAUAUGGCCAGUCCCAAAGGAGUUUUUACCAAUCUCAACACUUUGCUGGGUGAGAACAAUAAUGCAGGCACCAAAUCUUCGCCAGAUCCACUCCGACACCGGGCCGUCAUGUCGCCAAGCACGCCGAGAUCGAGCUACAAUCAGCAGAUGUCGCCAAUUGUGGUUCCGGUUCCUGCUCAGGCGCAUACCCCAUCCAAGGGAUUCAUGCCCAUCGGCGUGGACACAGCUCAGUCGCAUAAACUGCCCGCCCAAAUAGUAAUCGAGACGCACCAGAGUUCCUCCGAGCUGGCAGCAGAAAAUGACAAGCAGCUCGAUCUGAUCAACUCGAUUGUGCAGGAUGAGCUACUAAAGUCCACGCUUGUGGAGCAGCCGGUAGUAAAUGCGGACGAGGAUAUACCGAAACUGGUUAAGAUGCUGGAGAGUACAGCGGCGGAUCUAGAUCCCCCACCAGUGUCCUUGCCUACGCAUAGUUUUCCGGCUCCAGAGAUGCAGGGAGUGGGACAUGCAGCUGUGGCGGAUCCGAAUGAUAUAAUGGAUACGGCGGACGAGGAUGAGAUUACAGCUGAUUUUCUCCAGCACGUGGUCGGUCUCAUCGAGGAAGACAAACAGUUUGAGGCCGAGGUGGUUAAGCAAGUACUGGCUAGCACAGAGCCAGGAACCCUAGACGCCAUCGUAUCUAUGCCUACGUCCAUUGAGGCCGUAGGCUUGCCGCAAGUACAGGCACACACCAACCUACUGCCGAAUGCAAGUCUUGCAGAGCCCGCACAAUCGAUGACCUCAUUGCCCAUUGCCUGCAGUACACCGUCGAGGAGCGUGGCAAGCACUCUGCCCUCCUCCGCAAAGGUUGUGCGCGGCAACGGUCGGGUCAUAUACCUGCCACCCAUUGAAGCCCCCACCACGCGGGCCAAGCGACGAGCACAGUUUCCUGCAGCUCCGGGCAUGGCUACGACCAGUUCCAGUGAUGCAGGCAACCUGUCGUUUGGUGAAUCUUCGCUGGAUGCGAGCAUCAAUCAGCUGCUCAAUAACAGCAGCCUGAGCAAUGACAGCCAGCCGGGAAGUGGGCUAAAACGACCCAAUCCUAGAGAACCAUCGAUGGCCAGACGUUCAACGGCACCCAGAAGAUCGAAGAAGCUUGAUUCAAGUCAGAACAAUGAUCCCGACGCUUCAGAGUCUCAGGAGGAUGACGAUGACCCCAACAAGCUCUGGUGCAUUUGUCGUCAACCACACAACAAUCGGUUUAUGAUCUGCUGCGAUUUGUGCGAGGAUUGGUUCCACGGCACAUGCGUGGGGGUGACCAAGGCGAUGGGCACAGAUAUGGAAAACAAGGGCAUCGACUGGAAGUGCCCCAAAUGCGUUAAAAGGCAGGAGGAGAGGAGCCAACCACGAAUAACAGACAUGUUGGUCACCAGACCAAACACUCAACCUGAGCAGAGGCCGAGUGAAACCAAAGUACUAACUACGACAGCAGAAAUUGUUCAGGUCGCGGCUCCUUCGGCUCCCAGAAGAUCACUGCCGGUGGGCGUAACUGUUGCCAGUUCCCCCAUGCGUAUUCCAGUGGUAAAGCCGGCCAAGAAGUUCCCAACCGGUGCAGUCCCUCACCAGCAGCAUCAGCAGCAGCAGCAGCUAAACUUUAUCAGACUGGGCCCAUCACCUGGCAACCGAAUUUCGGAGACGUUAUGUGUGGUCUGCAAGCGAGCGGCGAGCAGCUCUUCCGUCUAUUGUGGCGAAGAGUGUAUCCGGAAGUAUGCCCAAAGUGCAAUUCAAGCACAUGCUGCUACCAAAGGCCCAUUGCCACAGAAUGCCAGUGCACAGCCUUCGCUGAACAACUCCUUGGAGGCCAAGAAGAACAAGAAGAAGGACUUGUUUGAGGACGUGCUGAGGCAAGCGGACACUGUGUCAAAAGUGGAACGGAUUAAUGUGUUUGAGCGUAAAAGUGGUCGCGUAAUCACCGGGCACAUGGCCCCUUCUGCACAUCAGUUUCGGAAAUGGCUUCAGGAGAAUCCCACCUUUGAGGUGCUGCCCUCGGGAACCGUUCAGUCAAUCGACGCAGAGAAGCGUUUGCUGAAACGGGCACCGGAAGCCACCACCUCCACAUCAGAACCCGCCGCGCUAGGAGUAGCAAAAAAGUCACUUGAAGCUCCUGCCAAAUUGUCCCAGCCGCAGCACACCACAGUUCAGGCAAACCACCCACUUGGAAUCUCUUCCGCGCGUCCUUUGGCCAAAAAGGAUAAAGAGAAGACAACACCUACAGUACAGGCGCCAAUCCCUAAUCGUAGCGCAGCGGGCAAACCCGAGCCGGUUCGAAUCGGCAUCCGGCGAUCCCUCAGGGAGCAACUACUAGCGCGAAUCAAAGAAGCCCGGGCUGCCGAGGUGAACUCUGGCCAGCCACCGACUCAGUGGCCGAACGUACUUGAGGUGGAUCAGUUUGUCAAGAACGUGGAGCUGGAAAUGUUCAACUCGUUUGGCCGAGACGUGGGAGCCAAGUACAAGGCCAAGUAUCGAUCGCUUAUGUUCAACAUAAAGGAUCGCAAGAACCGAACGCUUUUCGAAAAGAUUUGUGCCAAGCAAGUGGAGCCCAGGCAGCUGGUGCGGAUGACGCCGGAACAGCUGGCCAGCCAAGAGUUGGCCAAGUGGCGGGAGGAGGAAAACCGUCACCAGUUGGACAUGAUCAAGAAGUCCGAGCUGGACAUGUUGGCAUGUGCCCAAAACUAUGUGGUGAAAACCCACAAGGGAGAGGAGGUAAUCGCCACCAAGGUGGAUGUCACGCUGCCCGAAGAGGUCAUUAGUGAACCAUCAUCUAUGGCGGACACAAAACAGACGUCGCUGGUCAGUGAGCCGGCUACCUCUACACUGGAACGUUCCACGUCCAGGGAAAAGACGGGCUCAUCGAAGGAAAAGCGGCACAAGAGCCACAAGCAUCAUCAUCGAAAGCGCAGUCGAAGUCGCUCCAACAGUCGGUGUCGAAGCGUCGAUAAGCGCCAUCGCAGGCACCACAACGAAGGAGGAGAGCAAGGCGGCGGAGAGCGAGAGCAUAGGUCACGUGAGAAACAGAGCCGGGAAAGGGAUGAGGUCGUUCCCUCACCUUUGCCCAAGAAGAGGGACGAAAACGACCAAUCGCCGGUACCCAAAAAGACGGCGGAAAAGAAAAGCGAGGCGAAUGCUUACAACCUGGUUGAUCAAAUUCUGGAAUCGGAGAAAACAGUCGAGCAGGCGGCAAAUCUAGGCAAACCAAAGCCGUCACCCAAGCCACUUCCAACGCUUCCGAGUUCUUUGAAGGCACCUGAGCCAAUGGACAACUACUCCCGCUACUUGCACGGCCUGACGACGAGUUCGCUGUGGUCCGGUACUCUCAAGAUGAUCGAUUUGGCCGACUUCGAAAUCGUCAUGUAUCCCGUGCAGGGUAACUGCCAGCAAUUGGGUAAACUGAUGCCAAGUCAGAUGGACGUAAUCGGUCGCAUAACCCGCGUUAAUGUCUGGGAAUACAUCAAGAAGCUGAAGAAGAGUCCCACAAAGGAAGUGGUCAUUGUGAACAUAUUCCCCGCCUCGCCCAGCGAAACGUUUAAGUUUGAUCUCUUCUUCGAAUACCUGGACUCGCGUCAGCGGCUGGGCGUCUUGGGCGUGGACUCGGAUCAGAUACGCGACUUUUAUAUAUUCCCCUUGGGCAGCGGCGAUAAGUUGCCACCAGCGCUGCAGACCGCGGAGCCAGUUCCCUUCUACGAAGAAGCGCACAGACCCAACACGCUGCUCGGCAUCAUUGUGCGGUGUCUCAGCAAGCGACCUGCAGAGGCUGCGCCAUCGACUCCGUCUGUGCCUACUCCGGUUCCCGCCAUCAGUAGCAAAGCAGUGGCAAAGAGAUCUCGCAGCUCGACCUCGCACCCGGCGCAGAGCAGUCCCAAGCGCAAGAUCAGCACUCACUCCACCAGCUCCAAGGACGAUGAGUUCGACAUCGAUGCCAUUAUCAAGGCGCCCAUUGCGAAGCUGCAGAAAACUGCCCCGAAGGUGGUGCCACGGCCACCGGUGGCGAACGACGCCGAUGAGCCCUACUCGCCUGGUGGCUCCGACGACGAACUGGUGCCGAGUGCUCCGCAAAGGCCAAACGAUCUGGAACGGCAGGUGAACGAAAUCAACAAACAAAUAGCCGCGCAACAAAUGGAAAUUGCCGGCCUGCUUAAAGUGGAGCCCACAGGAUCCGCGUCCUCAUCCAAUGUGCUAGCCGCCAUAUCAAUACCGGCAAAUCUUUCAAAGAUCCUGGCCAGCAUCAAGGACAAGACUGAUCUGCCUUCCAGUACUGCUGAUGGAGACGAGGAGUACAAUCCCGAGGACGACAUCACCGCAACCAGUUCAUUUGCAUCGAAGAAGCCGAGGAGCAAAGGCCGUUUGGCGCAUCUAAGUGAAGCUGAGCUUCUUAGCAUGGUGCCGGACAAUCUGGCCGGCGUGAUUCCCAGAUCGUCCAAGACCCGCCACCAGCUUGCUCAGUCGCCGCUUACACCACCACCACUACCACCGCAACCGCCGCCGGGUGUUUAGGUUACCCCCAUCCGAACAGACGCUGGCUAACCCGCGCGCCAAUCCUUUCUUCAUUCUGGAUUUGAAUUGCCGCUCGCCCGCCUCAUUGUGUACAUUCUCAUUAAGCAAAUUCAACGCCAUCUCUGUAUUAUAUCUGGCUAAUCGGAAGUUUUUAGUUUUCAAAGCUAAAGCCACAAACCCCAUCAUCCCGCCCCACGCUCCAAAUGGAUCAUCCUUCGCAUUGCAAUGCAAAUUUAGAUUCGGUUUUCACAUAACGCUCUAUUCAAUCCUGUACAUUUCCUCGAAAAUAAAAAGUGCUACGUAACAUUUGUUUUAGGGAUACGAUAA